AUGGCGGCUUUUAGCACGGUCGAGAAGCAAAAAGAGUUGAUUGAGAUUGCCAAUUCGAUUGUCAAGGAUGGAAAAGGAAUUCUCGCGUCCGAUGAAGGCAUCCCCGUCAUUGGCGCUCGGCUGAAGGGAAUCAAUGUCGAAAACACUCCCGAAUCGAGGCAAAAAUUUCGGCACAUGAUGUAUCGAGCUGAAGGAAUUGGAAAAUACCUCGGAGGAGUGAUUCUGGAAAAGGAAACUUUUGCCCAAAAAGAUAGCGAGGGAAAUCGAGUCUGCAAACCCCUUCUCGAUGCCGGAAUCAAAGUCGGUGUCAAAGCCGAUUUGGGCUGGAUGCUUAUGCCCGGUUCAAUGGGAGAAAUGACGACUCAAGGUCUUGACAACCUCCACGAACGAUGCGCUGCCUGGAAGAAGGAAGGAGCGAGCUUUGUGAAGUGGCGAUGCCCGCUGAAGAUUCAGAAUGGAGGAUUGACCCCGAGUGAUCUUGCGAUUGGUCAAGCGGCGGAAAUUAGCGGUAGAUACGCGGCGAUUUCGCAGGCGGAAGGAUUGGUGCCGAUUGUGGAGCCGGAUGUUAUGCUUGAUGGGGAUCAUGAUAUAGAGCUGUGCAAGAAAAUCACCGAAAAAGUUUUGAUGACGACUUUUGCUGCACUACAACGACACAAUGUUCUCGUCGAAGGCAUCCUCCUUAAAACAAACAUGGUCACUCCUGGAGCAAAGGGCCCAAAAGUCGAUGCAAAGACUAUCGCGGCCAAGAGUGUGGAAGCUUAUCGAAGAACUGUUCCAGCGGCGAUGCCUGGAAUCGUCUUCUUGUCUGGCGGACAGAGCCCUACUGACGCGACAGAAAAUCUGAACGAAAUGAACAAGAUCGAAGGAAAUCCGUGGAAGCUUUCGUUUUCUUACUCUCGGGCUAUCCAAGGGCCGGUUCUUGAAGCCUGGCAAGGAAAAAACGAGGAGCCGGCUCAAAAAGCGCUCAUCAAGCGAUGCAUGCUAAAUUCACUCGCUGCUCAGGGAAAAUACGCUGGAGAAGAUUCCACUGCAGCGGACGAGAAAAGCCAAUUCGUGGAAAAUUACACUUAUUAG